CCUUUCCCAAAUUCCCGUGUUAAUUAUUUCCCCUCAAUCAUUUUGCUUCUCAACCUCAAAAUCUCAAGCCAACUCCUUCACAAAAAUCUCGUCUAUCUAUUUGCAACCUUAAAGUGUGCGCGCACACACACACACCCAUAUAUAUAUAUUGUCUGGUUUUCUUUGUAUUUUCUCGGCAUCCAAACGAGAAAAGAAAGUUUGGCGUCAUCAUCAGCUUGUGUCGAGAUUAAAUAACAUGAACGGACAAGACUCACCUUCUGAGGAAGUAAAGGCUCUCCAUCUCUUAGAUGAAUUGGAGCGUAUUUUAGAAUCCGAUCCUCUCAUAGAUGAAGUGGGGUUUAUUCAUCCGUCCCAAUUCGUUGCGCUGAGUGAAGAGGCGAGUUCAUCCGCAGAUUAUGAAACUUCGAGCUCUGGAGUGUUAUCAAAUGUCAAUGCUUGUUUUUGGAAUAAGGAUCACAAACUGGGAAUUUCGACGGUCGCUCUUCUUCCGCUGUACCGGGCAGCUAAAAGUGCGUUCAUGGCUGCAAUUAAACAGUACAAGGCGCUUAGCAACUCUUCUUCCCAUGAUGGUAUUGAAAGCGAAGUUAGGACGCAUAGCAGGGCUCUCUUGUUGCUAAGCUGCGAUUUUGGUACUGCGUGGCAUUCCAGGAAACUAGUUGCCUUGAAGAAGCAUCCGCUUUCUAUGUAUAUGGAUGAACUUCACUUGUCAGCACUUGUUCUUUCGUAUGCACCUAAAUGUGAAAACGCUUGGAGCCAUAGGCGGUGGGUGAUCAAAUCAAUUGCUGGAAGAUGUCCAACUCUGCAAGAAAUUUUGGGAAAAGAAUCUGAGCUGGUUGAGAAAAUAGCUGAGAGAUCAAAAAUGAAUUACCGUGCAUGGAAUCAUCGAUGUUGGCUGGUCCCUUACAUGUCAACAGAACAGGUGCUACAUGAGUUAAAGAAAUCCAGAAACUGGGCGGGCUUGCAUGUUGCUGAUAAUAGUUGCUUCCAUUACAGAAGACGGUUAAUGCUUAAACUUUUAGAUGACUCAAGUGAUGAAGAUAACCCAAAAAUUGUGUCUUCUGGGUGUACCGUUGAAAUUCUUCAAUUGUUGAAGGAGGAGCUUGACUGGAAUGAAAUGCUGAUAAAGCUCUAUGUUGGAAGAGAGGGUCUAUGGCUUCAUCGCCGCUUCCUUGCUCUAGUUCUGAUAAAGCGUUUCUUAGUUCAUCACGCUUCGAUCGACAUGAACAAUGACUUCGGUACAUUCAUGGAUAGUGAGUUGCACCUCCUCAGCUCCUGCUCAACCGUUCCGGAUAGUCACUUUGAGGAUCACGAAUCACAAGCUUUAUUCUCUGCUACUUAUAUGCUGUGGUUAGUGAAGCAAAUUCCUGAAUUUCAUGGGAUUGGUUUCCUAAAGAAGCUAAGAGCAGAGAACUUGGAGUCUAUCUUGAACAAGGCGUGCUCGGAAAAGUCUUUCCAUUGGGACUUUUAAAUUGUUUACCAAGAAGAGUCGUCAUUAUAUUAUUGUGAAAGGAGAACGACAACCUUUAUAUUGGUGCACAUGUGUUAGUGUUGUCCUUUUUCCAAAAGAAGUUAUAAAGAUCAAUUUUAA